AUGGCACCUUGCGCUCUCUGCAUGAGCCGACCAGAGCGGCCGGCAAGUCCAAGCAGAGCGAUACUCAGACGGCCCAAGACAGGCCAAGCGGUCUGCAGGGACUGCUUCUUCCUCGCUUUCGAGACAGAGGUGCACAACACCAUUUUGGCGGCCAACAGUGGCAAAGGCCUCUUCCGAGCAGGUGAGCGCAUCGGCAUAGCUGCCAGUGGCGGCAAAGAUUCUACAGUGCUGGCACACAUCGUGACGCUCCUCAAUGAGCGGUAUGCCUACGGAUUGAAUCUGUAUCUGCUCAGCAUCGACGAAGGCAUUAGCGGCUACAGGGACGAUUCGCUCGAGACGGUCAAGACGAAUGCCAAGGAAUACAAGCUACCCCUCAAGAUAUUGAGCUACGACGACCUGUACGGCGGAUGGACGAUGGACAAAGUGGUCAAAGAGACCGGCAGGAAGAACAACUGCACCUACUGUGGCGUCUUCCGGCGUCAAGCUCUCGACAGAGGCGGAUCUGUCCUGCAAGUCGAUCAUAUCGUCACGGGACACAACGCAGAUGACAUGGCAGAAACAAUACUUAUGAACGUCCUGCGGGGCGACAUUGCUCGCCUCGAGCGUUGCACCGCCAUCACGACCGGCAAAGAUGCUCACGAAGAGGCAGACGGCUCGCAACCUGCUUUACCACAUGUCGUCAAACGAAGCAAGCCAUUCAAGUAUGCCUACGAAAAGGAGAUUGUCAUGUAUGCCUACUUCAAGAAGCUGACGUAUCAUUCGACCGAGUGUAUCUACUCGCCUACGGCCUACAGGGGCCAUGCUCGCGCCCUCGUCAAGGAUCUCGAGAGCAUACGACCAUCUGCCAUCCUUGAUCUGAUCUAUAGUGGCGAGGCAAUGAGUAGAAUCGUCAGGCCAGACUCCAAGAGGCCAACACAGCAGCUCUGCUCACAGUGCAGCUCUAUGUCCUCAGCACCAGUUUGCCAGGCUUGCCAGCUGCUCAAUAGUCUCAAUGCUGGCUUGGCAAGCAUGCAGCUGUCGAGCAAGAAUUAG